AUGCACAACGCAACCGUUUUUGUGUCAGAGUUUGUGCUGCACUGUGAAGUCACAUCACAAAUUCGAAGCUUUACAGUUGUCGCCUUGGCCAUUGUUUAUCUGGUGACCAUUGUUGGAAACCUUUUGGUCCUACUGGUAAUAAUCCUGGACCACCAUCUCCAAACUCCAAUGUUUCUUUUGAUUGGUACCCUGGCUGUUAUAGACUUGCUACACAACACUAACUUGAUCCCUAAAAUGAUGGCUGUUCUUCUCUUUGAUACUUCUCCGGUACCGUUCAGUGCCUGCUUGGUUCAGAUGUUCCUGGUCUUUCAUCUUGAGUUAGUAGAAUCCUUUCUCUUCACUCUUAUGGCAUGUGACCGCUAUAUUGCUGUGAUUCACCCAUUGAGAUACCCUCAACUUGUAAAUGGCAGAACCGUGUGGGCAGGCAUCUUAUUAUGCAACGUUCUCUCUGGCAUGCCAAUGACGGUAUAUAUGACAUUUGUCACUGAACUCUCUUUUUGUCGCACAAAUGUCCUACCUUAUUGCUUCUGUGAUUAUGGCACUAUGGUUCGUGUUUCUUGCACUGAUGAUGCUAAAUACUUAACUUUUCUCUCAAGAAGUGCAACGACAACUGGUUUUGGAACUUUGGCCAUAAUCUUCUUUUCUUAUGGCAAGAUUGCCCAUGCGGCCCUUAAGAUUUCAUCAUCUGAAGGCAAAGGAAAGGUCUUCGAUGUGCUCAUCACACACACACCUGCUCGUGGUGUUACUUUUUUUUGUGCCGUUGCUGACAGCUUUCAUUUUACCCGGAGUAGGAGUAAAAUUGUCAACCGAAGCCUACAACGCUUUGAUUAUCAUCGCUACUAUUGUCCCUCUGAUGAUCAAUCCCAUUAUGUACAGUUUUAG